ACUAAAAUCAGCUGUUCACUUCCUUCAAUUGUUGGAUCAAAACAAACCGAAAUAAUCAGCUGAUUGCAAUUGAAUGGAGGCGUGACGAAAUCGCAAAACGUUGCAAUUUAUUUAAAAACAAAACAAUCCUUUGCACACGCCGCGAAUUAAACAAACAUGAUUUUACAGAGAGCUCUCUGUCGUAACUGGACCCGGCAAUUAGCCGAACCACUGAUGCCUAGCUACAGUAGUAAGUUCCUGCGGCCACGUACGAUAGUUCUUCGCACUAUGCGAAGCAGUCCCCGACAUGACCGUCCACCUCAGAGUAAAAAUCUGCAAACAUCGCCACCGUUCGAGAAUUAUGCCUUCGGCGGUGCAGUACCGCCAAGUAAUGUAGUGAAAGCAGUAAUUUUUACAGGCGCGUUUAGUGUUGGCUGUUUCAUGGGUGUCACCAUAUUGGAGUAUGAGAACGCGCGCAAUAUGAUGUUAGAGAAGGCACGUCUAAGUAAAUUUCCAUGGCUAAAACGACAAACGGUUAACCAAGAACAAAAUGUUUGGCCAGAAGUAAAGCAGGAAUUGCAACUCCACUGGGAUAAAUUAACGCCUGGUGAACGGGUGUUUGUGCCAUUGUGCGCACUGAAUGUGUUGGUGUUUGGACUUUGGCGUGUGCCAGCCUUACGUAACACAAUGAUGACUUACUUUUGCUCGAACCCCGCGGGGCGUGCAAUUUGUUGGCCAAUGUUCCUGUCGACUUUCAGUCAUUACUCCAUGUUUCAUCUCUUCGCUAAUAUGUAUGUGCUGCACAGCUUUUCCCGUGCGGCUGUAUUAUCUUUGGGAAAAGAACAAUUUUUAGGAGUCUAUUUGAGCGCUGGUGUGGUUGCUAGUCUCACGAGUAUCCUCUACAAGACGGUGACAGCAAAGCCAGGUCUUUCGAUAGGCGCGUCGGGUGCGAUAAUGGCGAUUUUGGCCUAUGUUUGUGCAAAGUAUCCUGAUACUCAAUUAAGCAUACUAUUCCUACCCAUGCUCAAUUUCUCGGCCGGUGCUGCCAUUAAAGUUAUCAUGGGUUUCGAUUUGGCCGGUUGCAUUCUAGGGUGGAAAUUCUUUGACCACGCAGCCCAUUUGGGUGGUGCUCUCUUUGGACUCUUUUGGGUCUAUUACGGAACUGAAUUGUGGCAAAAACGAAUACCGUUCCUUACAAUGUAUCAUGACCUACGUAAAACCAAAUAACCGAGAUGUUCAUUCAUUGGUAGCCGGAGUAAAUAUAAUUGUAAUUCUGCUUUAGAUAACAUAAAAUUCGUAGUUGAGCGAAGUAUAUUGAAACAAAAAAAACAAUUGUAGCUCAGCACAUUAUCAUGUUUUUAGGUAGUGAAACAGAGUCACACAUUUUUAUGUGUUCUUCUGCGUUUUAAAUUUCUAAUGGGAAAGCGAAUAAAAGCAAAUUACAUAAAUAUAUUUCUAUACAA